AUGAUGCCCUCUGCGGCACAGGCGCAGUCUCUCCAGACCAUCCAGUCGCCCUCUCAGCUGCACUACACCGGUUCGGACAGCUCACCUCGGCCCAUCAAACGCCUUCAUACCGAGCAGGACAGCGGUGAUGAGGGAGGGCUGAACAACUCCGGGGAUGACAGGAGCGACAAUGAUAACGACCUAGACGACUCGCACGACCUUGUCCGCAACGGCAAGCGCAAACGGCCCAUCUCUGUCUCGUAA